CACAUAUACAUGACAAAACGCCUCCCGCCGAGACAGCCCGCCCUGCGUAGAUUACGACACCGCGCCUUUUAUCUCGCCGCAAUCGCUCCCUCACAUCCACCUUCCCAACACAGCAAAGACCCAUUGCUAACUCCACAGCAUGGGCAAGCGCAAGUCUGCAAAGAAGCCCCAGGGCCCGAGAAAGAAGGAGAAGCUCCCCACGACGUUCCAGUGCCUGUUCUGCAACCACGAGAACUCUGUCUCCGUCUCCAUCGAGAAGAAGUCUGGUGUCGGCAACCUUCAGUGCAAGGUGUGCGGCCAGACUUUCCAGACCAACACCAACUACCUCUCUGCGCCUGUCGAUGUCUACUCGGACUGGGUUGACGCUUGCGAUGCGGUAGCCAAGGAAGCGGCCGCAGCCAACACAUCCACCUCGCGGCCUGUCAACCGUGGAGGCCGGUCUCGCGUCGAAGAGGAGACGGAAGACUUCGUGGUCCAGGACGAUGCCGACGCUGAGGGUGAAUACGACGACUACUGAGUGCCUGGCCAGGCGCAUGUACGUUGCAUGUACAACACAAGAUUCGACAGCAUGUAGUCAAGGAAUGACUAGCGGCUUGUAUGGCGUUUGAGGUAUACCAGGGUUUUACAGGGAGGCGUUUUCUAAAAGUAUCGCGCACCAAUACGCAAUUCUCAAUGGACGCUAUUUGAUCAUGUCCGUCUCAACUGUC